AUGUCCGAACUCCUCCCAGAAGACACAUGGGUGAACAACUUCUUGCCCACACCACCACGACCCCUACUAUCCUCCCUCCAACGUCGACUGCACACUUCUACUACCCACCUUAACGCUUUGGCAGAAGUGUACAAGCAGCGAGCGCAGAUCGAAGCUACUUAUGCGGAGAGUCUGUCAAAAUUGGCCAAGACGGCUGAACAGGGUGGUCUGAGCGGUAAGACGGGUAACGAGUGGGAGAAAGCCAGUGGAGAAGGGAGACUAUGGAAUAGUGUGAUCUCUGAGCUGUCAGAGACUUCCGCAUCUCACUCUACACUUUCGGCGAUGAUCCGAACAGAUUUCGAACAACCUUUACGAGACCUGCCAUCCAAGGUGAUUGCGUGGAGGAGGAUCUCAGAACAAGAUGCAUCAUUAGAUAAGACAUUGAAAGAUUACGAGAAAGUAGCAGGUAAAUUGGAGAAGGCCCAACAGAAAUCGAAAUCAUCCAAAGCCGAUCAACUACACCAGGAAUUGAACCAAUUGACUUCUCAGCUAUCUUCUUUAUCUCCCAUGGUAUAUACCACCUAUCAGAGACUCGACGAAGAGAGACUGAGGACUUUGAAAGAGGUUAUAGUCAGAUGGGGGACGGUCAAAGGUGAUAUGGCGACUAGGGAUGGUCAGAGAGCAGAAGGUAUAAUCGCGAAUUUGUUAUCUUGGGAAACUGGUGAAGAAGUUUUGAGUGUGGGAAGGAAAUUAGGUAAUGUCGGUGGCAACGGUGCUGCUGCUGCUCCUAGACCUUCUGUACCAAACAGUACUGUCUCAACUCCUCAAUCCAACAGACGGAUGUCAACUGUCACGGCAUCCAGUCAAGCCCAUGAUUUCUCUCCUCGUCCUACGCCACGACAAAAUGGCUCAACUACUAGUUUCGGCAAAGAGCAAAGUAGUGGUGGUGGUCUGACAGGUGGUUUCAAGUCUAUGUUAGGUAGAAAGAAGACUUUAGCAGUGAACAGAACUCGAAGUGGUAGUAAUGCUACGUCUACCAGAAGUGGAAGGGACGAGAACACAAGAGACGGUGGAUUUGACUUGAUGAGUGAUGAUGUUCCUAGAAUACAAGGAUCAUCCAGCUCCGCACCACCAGUAGAUGAAGAAGGGUUCUCAGUGGCUCCUGCCGAUCGACAUCGAAACUUAUGGGAAGAACCCAAUGACCAAGUCUCGACGCCUGUUGCAACACCACACAAUCAGACUCAUUUCGGUACCACUUUCACUUCCUCUCCUGCGGCUUCCCAAGAGAACCUAUCCUCUUCAGCAUCUUCACAACACCAGACUCAACCUCGAUUGAAUCUGUCCCUAGCACCUGCUCCUAUUCAAGAAAGCGAAGAAGAGCGACAGGCGGCCUUGCAGAAAAUGCAGCAGACACUUCAAAUGCCACCUUCUCAGCCUUCCCGAAGGAAUACAGUCGCUCGAGGCAGAAGAGAUGUUAGAAACACGAUGUUCCCUGGUGGAUUGACGGAAGAACAAUCAUUAGGACUGGGUGGACUAUCCCUUGGAAAGGUUUCUGAGCCGGAGGAGCAGCUCUCAGCAUCUCCCAUCUCGGCUACAUCGCCAACGCAAACAACCAAUGGAGAUAGACCUGGUCAGGUGGCUAGACAAGUCUCUAUGUCUUCUGUCACAUCCAACAACCCAUUCGAUUCUCCUUCGCUAAGUGGAUCGGCCAUGGCCCAACCCAACUUACCUGUCCCAUCGACUGAAGCUGGUCUACGAGCCAAUCUCAACGAGACCAUCAAUGUUAUCAUCAGGAACAAGGAGGUCUCGAGAAUACAAAUCACCGGUGAGAUCCACCUAUCCCUCAGACCAACAUAUCAACAGCCUACUACUGGACCUAUCCAUAUCCGGUUAACGUCCUUCGAGAGGUUGGAGAAGAUCGCACCUAAUCCAGCCUACCUGGCUCAAGUCCCUGAUAAACCUGGAGAAUACUUCUUGAACAGCGAAGUACUCGCUUCUGCAACUGCCAAUUCGAAGAACCCAAAUAACGAUAAAGGUACAUUACUUUUCAAGUAUGUUGUACAUAUCCAACCUGGAAAAGAAGGAUCAAAUGCGCCAUUGAUUUUAGAUCCUGCGUUCUUGUGUAAAGAAGGUGAAACAAGGAUGAUCCUACAUUAUCGACUUAAUGAUCAGGGUCCUAUCCAGCAAUUAUCAAACGUAUCAUUCAGUGCGUUAUUCGGCCCCGGACCAUCGGUAUCCAACGUACAGGCUAAACCCGCUGGAGGAGUUUGGUCACCUUCGCAAAGAAGGAUGACGUGGAAAUUGGAUGAAAUAACAUCCAGUCAGGAAAGUAAGAUUAUAGCCAAGUUCGUCACUGAACCUGGAAAUGGUGAAUCACUAUCACCUCAGAAUGUUCAAGUCACCUUCAACUCUGAAGGAUCACUCGUCAGUGGAUUAGGAGUGGAGAUUGUUGAUGGAGAAUUGGAAGGGCGUGAUACUUGGAGAUUCGAGGAGAUUAAAAAGGGAGUAUUGAGUGGGAAAUACCUUGCUGAAGCACAUGUUAAUGUGAAUCAGUAA